AGUCUGCAGGCAGCGCGGGAAGUUCAUCAGUUUAAUCACGACGUGGACGAGCUGAAGGGCUGGAUGGCGGAGAAAGAGGCGGUGCUGGAGGCGGAGGAUCAGGAGCACGACCUGCACUCCAUCCAGACUCUGCUGAGGCAGCACGAGGCGCUGGAGAGGGACCUGGCUUUGAUCUCAGAGGAGGUGAAGAAGAGUGAAGACGAAGGUCGAGCUCUGAGCCGCCGGCAGCCUCCGGUCCGAUCCGCGGUGACUCAGAGGCUGGAGGAACUGGAGGUUUUCUGGAGAAACGUCCAGGAGAAAGCCUCCCAACGCAGAGCCAGGCUGGGCCAGGCCGAAGACGUUCAGAAAUACUUAUCCCUCUGCAGCGAGCUCAU